UUUACACUUCAGAGCUACCUUCUUACAAUCCUCUUAGAAUAUUGGUUUUUAUUAAAAUAUCAAGGAAAGAGACACUCAAAGAAAUCUGUAACGAUGGCUUCCUUAAAAUACGUCGUAUUUUCUUUACUAAUGGUGAUGCUAGUGCAUCAUUAUGCUGAAUCUAUGGCUGAAUCUAUGAUUUCAAAACUGGAUGCUUCUAAGCGACAGGUAGAAAGAAUUAAAAUACCAAAGCCAGAAAAAGGUGAAGACAAUUCAGGAUGUGAACAAGAACAUGAACAUUCAUGCGAAAAAAGAGAAAGUGAAAAAGAGAAUCAAAUAAAAUCAAAUACAUAUGAGUCAGGUAAUGCAAGAAAAUCAAAUAUAGAAAAUAAAAAUGACGAAAAGGAUAAAAAAGAUUGGUGAAAACGACAAAUAGAUAUCAUCUGGAUCAAUUGGUACAAUACAAGAAUCAGAAGAAGAGAACCUCCGUUUUUCCAAAUGACAACUGAAGAAAUAUAUAUAUAAGUCCUUGAUAAAUAAUUAUUAGAAAGCUUAUAUUCCAACUUGUCUAACUAACAAGCUAGCUAACUAAGAAAAUAUUACUUUUGUUUCUAAUCUAUAUCUUUCUUUAAUGAAAUCCUAUAAAUAUUAAAAUAAGCACUAAUCUUUCACUAUAAAAUAUGAUCAUUUCUACGCACUUAUAAUUAAAUAAUUAAAAAAAAAAUUAAUAACCAAAU